AUGCAGUUUGAGUCGUCGAGUUUCCCGUUCGACAUGGACGACAACUUCAGCAUGUACUCACAGGGUUUGACCUGCCCGUCGGCAGGCACCAGCUUUUCGUCUGCCUCUUCCGCUUGCGAGCCCUUUACGCCAACGUCUCGACGAUCUACACCCAAUGAGCUGACUCUCGACUUUGAUGCCUCAUUCGUUGCCGCUCACCACGCCGGCGAGCUGACUCCUCCCGCCACCGCCACCAUGCCCAAGUUCAUGUUCAGCAAUGUCAAGCCUGAACCUGAUCAUAUGGGCUUCGCCGAGGUCCUGCCUUCGACCCCCGUCCGCAAAGUCGAGCACAUUCACCCCGACUAUGACUUCAUGCCCGGCAUGAACAUGCCUUCACACCAGACCAUGGGCUCUCUGACUCCAUCCAACUCGUUCAACAUGUACACAAUCUCCCCCCAGGCCGCCAUGGGCCCUGGCUCUUUCAUGAUGACUCCCACACACAGCCUCUCUGGCUCCGAUAUUGGCGACAGCUCAUCAUCUUGGUCAUGUGGUAACGAUAGCCCUAUUGCUCUGUUUCCUACGCAAAAGAGCCUCCCCUCGCACAGCCUCGAGUCCCUCGAUCUCGAGCGCCACUCCCAGUCCCCCAUCGGCCGUUACUACAUCCAGGGUGCGCCUCCUUCUCCCAGCCGUCUCCGUGCUCACCGCAAGAUGAUGGUGCACGAGAUUCAGCGCAAGACAUCUGAGUUGCAGCGUGCCCAGAUCCGUGCCUCGAGGAAGAUGGAUGACAAGUGCGAUGGAAACGGAGUUGAUGUUGUCCGCAGAGCCAUGUGCAAGUGCGACUACCCCGGGUGCCACAAGGCGUUCCGCCGCAACGAGCACCUAAAGAGACACAAACAGACUUUCCACGGCGAGGGACCUAAUCGUUUCUCGUGCGAGUUUUGUGGGAAAGACCAGUUCAACAGACAAGACAACCUCAACAACCACCGCAAGCUGCACGCCCGUCCUAAUAGCCGCAACCGUGGCGUGGAAUUCAUCCCGGCAGCCGUUCCUAUUAUCGAGCAAGAAGAGCGCAGCCGAAAGCGCAGAGCCCCACCCAAGGCCAAGAUGAUGGCUGAGAAGCACGAAGAUUACUGA